AUGGUUGACAAUAUUAAUAACAGUAAUGAACAACGACAAUUUAAUGGAGGAGGAGCCAGUGGAGCAAAUAAUAACAAUAUUGCGAGUCGAAAAAGGGCUAAUAACAAUGUAAGUGGUGGCGAUUUAACUGCUUCACCAAAAUAUAAUAAAUCAAAUUCACGUGGAUAUAAUAAAGAAAUUCAACAACAAAAACAAUAUCGAGCAAAUAAUAAUAAUAGUCGAGCACAACGAGGUGGUGGUAAUUCAAAAUAUCGAAAUGAGGGACAUAACAAUAUUCAUCGAACUGAAAGAAACGAUAAUUUUGAUCUGGUUGGUGUGGAUGAUGAAAAUCCUGAUGAUUGUACAAAUGAAGACUUUGAUUGUGAUGAUCCAUAUCAAAAUAAACGUGGUUGUAGUAGUGCAAAAAAGACAAAUAUGAGUCAUUUACUUAAUUUUCAUUAUAUUGAUAAACAACGGGUUAAUGUACGUGGUAAUCGUCGAUCAUUUAAUUCAAAUUAUUAUUUAAAUAAUAAAUGGUCAUCGAAUGGAAAUUCAACAAAUAGACAAUCUUUUUCUAAAGAACAAUUUCUUCAAGCAAAUUGUCAAUUUAUUGUUCAAGCAGGUUUAAUUGAUUAUUCAAUUCAUUUUGCUAAUCCAGAUGUAGCUAUUGAUUGGUCACGUGUUGAACAAAUUCGUUUACAUUCAAUGCAUGCACUCAAAUGUCCUAUUUGCUUAUCGGAACCACAAGCAGGAAAAAUUACACGUUGUGGACAUGUUUAUUGUUGGUCAUGUUUAUUACAUUAUUUAGCAUUAAGUGAUAAAGCUUGGAGAAAAUGUCCUGUUUGUUCAGAAUCAAUUUAUAAACAAGAUAUUCGAAGUGUUCGUGGAAUAGUUUCUCGUUGUUUAAAACCAGGCGAUUGGAUUACAUUUCGUUUAAUGUGUCGAGAACGUGGUUCUGUUAUUUUUCAUCCAAAAAAAGAUUUUGAUAAUAUUCAAUUAAAACAUGAACCUGAACAUCUUUUAACAGAAAUAAAUACACAACAAUAUGCACAUUUAUUAUCAGCUGAUGAUGAAACAAUUUUAAGUGAAAUAGUUGAAAAAGAAAAAUAUGAAUUAUUAAAACAAUUAGAAGACGAUGGAGAUCAACCAGAAGCUUGUUUUAUUAAACAAGCACUCGAAGAAAAUAAUGAAAGAGAAAAAAUCAUUCGAGAACGAAUUGAUAAAAUGAAGAAUAUCGAUGAAAUCAAAUUAACAUCAAAACAAACCAAAGAAGAUGAAGAAGAAUACUUAUUACCGACUAAGGUAUGCGCUGAACGAAUAAAUAAAUCUAAUUACAAAACAAAACAAAAGCAUUUUAUAAUAAAUUUUAAAAAAGUGAAAAGUCUGCAUCUAAGCAGAUGUUUGAUUUUGAUGAGAUCUUAAUUAUUAGAAAUAUUACGUUCAACUGAUUUAUUUCCUGAGUCAGUCUUAUUCGAUGAUUUGUCAGUUUCGAUCCUAACGUUAUCAAUAACCAUAAUUCAUAAUUUUAUUUAAUAUAAAACAAAAUAAUAAGAUCAAUAAAAAAGUUAGCAAACUUUCUCGCAUUGAGUUUCUAAUUAUAAGCCUUGAUAACUAAGUACAAAUGCAGUACGAUACAUAGUUGGAAAUAGCGUGUUACUUGCUGUUCACUCUUCAUAUUUAAUCUGCCUAUCGUAACAAUGAUCGCUAAGACACUAAUUUAUUUAAGUCGUAUUAUUGUAUGAGUUUUAUUCUACAAAGGACUAUGCGAGAAUGAAUUUUUUAAAUGACUAAUCAUGACCAAAUAGGAAAGGAACCGCAUCGGUGAUCUUCUUCCUUGAAACUCAAUCACACUAUGAUGUGUUUUGACGAUGAUAAAUCGAACAUAAAUUAGAAAAAUCUACUUUUUGUGUACUCAAAAAGUGAGUACACUCUAGAAUCGGUCAGUGUGUCCGGCCAUCCGUCCGUUUACACGAUAACUUUUGAAAGGAGAGUCCAAUCGCGAUGAAAUUUUCCACACAGUUCAGUCUUAACAAUGUCUCGGUCGAGU